CUCAAACCAACAUGAUCUCAUUUGCUCAGCAGCCUGCAAUGCCAAUUGGCCUGAGCUGCUUUUGACAGCCCACGAGUCCCAUUUGGUCCAGGCGGUAUCCAUGCAACGAUCAGCGCAUGCCAGAAGUCUGACAUCAAGGAAGGUCUCUGAUUGGGAACGAGCCCUGCUGGACGCGCCGUGCUCGACGGCAUCUUUGAAGAAGAUCUACACAGCUCGAAUUCAUGAGCACGCGAAGAGAAGUCAAUGGCAAGAUUCCUUGCAACUCUUUCACCUCAUGGCCGAGAAGAGCCUUGCUGAUCACCUUUGCCACAACGCGGCGAUCAACGCGUGUGGCGCUGGACAAUGGCAACAUGCCUUGCUGAUCUUCACACGCUUGGGCGAUCAGUCCAUCGCGCCGGAUCAGGCCUCCUACAACGCCGUGCUAGAUGCAUGUCACCAGACCGCCUAUGGCGAAGUACUCUUCAAAGAGGCUUUGGAACGGAAGAUCUACGAGUUGAGUUGCGACGACUCGACGUUGGAUUUGCACCGCUUCUCUGCGGGCGCAGCCUCUUUGGCCGUGCGCCAGUGGCUCGCCACCCCUGGGCUUCGCCGGGUGCUCAUCACCGGCCACGGGAAGAUGCGAGGGAAGGGCUCCGACGCUCCGCUGCAAUCCUCUGUCUUGGCAUUGCUGAAAGAUCUGCAGAUUCCAGCAGAAGUGGAUGACCAGAACUUCGGACGUAUUCAACUGGUGGCUCUGCAGUCCGUGCGUCGGACUCUUCGGCCACCGGCGCCCAGGCGCCCUGGAGCGGCCCCAGCGGGCAGUCCCGCUUGCGCCAGUGAAAGAAUCGGAAAAGAACGGGAACAUGAGCUGAGGUCGAAUUCAGGAUCCUCCGAAGCGAAUCUCCGGCGCUGAAUGGCAAGACCGACCGAAGAUCGAC